UGGCUUCGUGUGUGGCUAAUAUCAGAAUCAGCUGUCAAUUGACGUUGAUCAUUGUUUAUAUUUACUAUUUAGUUAAAAACAAAGCUUAAAAAUUUUUUAUAUUUAAUACAAGUAUACAAUUAAUGUAUUGAGAUAAAAAAAAAAUUAAAAAAAACUUGGUAAUAGUGAAUAACAAAUUUUAAUGUUAUCAAAUAUGAGUAAAGUCAGAAAAAAACGUAAAUUAGAGUCGGAAAACCUGUUUUCUAAAAAACGUAAAGUUACAAGUAAAACAUCAACACCUUCCUUUAACAAAAAGAAUAAUGAGAUAUACUAUGAGAAUCAUGAUCAUUCAAUAAUUGAUUGUGUUCAUGACGAUUGUCUGGCUGAAAUAUUCAUGUAUGUACCAGCAUGGGAAAGACCUAAACUUGCAUUGGUAUGUCAAAAAUGGAAAAGAGUCCUUAAUUAUUCUUGGGGUAGUAGCAAAAAACUUCAACUAACUCACUGGGAACAAGCUGAGUAUUCAAAUUGUUUGAAGAAAUAUUCAACACCCGAUGAAAAAUUAAGCUUUCUAAAUACAUUGCUUUAUAAAUGUGGUCGUUAUUUAACACAAUUAGACUUGACAGCGUAUGGUUAUAGUGACAUUGUGCCAGUUAUUAAUGAAUAUUGUCCAAACCUCGUCAAACUUCGAUUGAGAUUCGCCUUUGAUCACGAUAAAAUGCUAUUUUGUGAUGUAUUUUCACGUCUAUCUAAGCUCAAAGUAUUAACAGUUAUAUUUCAAUAUCAUCUGAGACACCAUUCUAAGCUUCAUUAUUUAAUGAUUGCAUUGGAAUCUCUUGCUGACACAUUGACUGAUCUGACUCUGUUCAAUUGGGAAGGUGACGAUCACUGUACAUCUAAAAGACUUCCUCUCAAUAUACCCUGUACAUUUCCGAAGAGCACCCUUCGUGUGCUUCCUCGACUGAAGGCUCUGAAACGAUUCGAAUUUGGUGGUAUUAAAAUUUUUCGAGAGUUAAGAGAGUAUCUGUUAAAUAAUAGCGCAAUACACGUUAUUUCUUAUGAUCUUUACGUAAAGAAAGUUUUAAAGCUAAAUCAGUUAAUGUUCAGUAUAACUAAAUUGGAUUUGUUUAGAUACCAUGUUUUAGACGAUAGUUUGUAUACUAUUGCCAAUACCAUGAAGCAAUUAACAACGCUCAAGAUAAAUUGUGAAUGGAUAACUAAUGAUGGUGUGGUAGCCAUUUCAAAGAUGAAUAAUAUAACAUAUCUUUCUUUUUCCGGCAAUAAUGACAGCAUUGAUUCCGCAUCAAUCAAAUUGCUCAGAAACUUGAAUAAAGUCUUGUUACCAGGCAGCAAAAAAAUUAAUGAUGAUGUAGCUAUAAAAGUUCUUGAAAAUUCACCAAAGAUAGCGACGCUUUUUGUUCCGGACUCAAGUGUAACUGUUGAAUUUAUCAAAAAAGCAGCAGAAAUAUCAAGAAAUCGAAAACAACUUUUGACUUCAGCUGUUUCUUUCAUAAUUGAUAUAGAACUAUAUGAAUCGCCAUAUUUCAAAAUUAUUUGUGUAAACAACAAAUUAAAUAAUUGACUAAUUUUGGUGAUUAUUCUUGAAGUCGUUGGAAAAGAGUUAGAAGCUCAUAAGAUGAUAUUGUCUAUUGAUAGUCAAGUAUUUCCGUCAAUGUUUGAUCAUAAAUCCAUAAAUGAAUCAAAAGGUAAUCGUGUUAUCAUUAAAGAGGUUGAUGCAGAUGUUGUGAAACAAAUGUUAGAGUAUAUUUAUACUGAAAAAACACCAUAAAAAAUUGUUGAUUGUGGUCAUGAUCUCAUUGCUGCUGCUAAUAAGUAUCAAUUUGAUGAUUUAAGAAAAAUUUCCGAAAGUAAUUUGAUAGAACAAAUGACAGUUGAUAAUGCUGUUGAUACAUUAGUUGUUGCUGAUCGUUAUGAUGCAAAGAAUUGAAAAACAACGUUGUUGAAUAUAUCAAACAAAUUGUGUCGAUUGUUGAUUUAGCUGGUUUUAAAGAUUUAGAAACAAAAACGCUAAUUUAGCUACUGAAAUUCUUUACAUUUUAAUACCCGGAAAAUAAAGUAUCAAGAAAAUAAUGACAUUUUAAUUUAUACAUUAAAUAAUCAUAAUUUCUUUUUUUUUUUUUAAACAAUAAUUACUCAUACAUUUUUCUUUAAUUUGUCAAGAAAAAAGAAAAAAAAUUAAUACAGUUAAUUUUUUUAUGGUCAUGGCUUAUGUAUUUUAUUACAAUUUUUUUUCUUAUUUACUUUUUUUUGUUAAAUUUAUUAAUUUUGAUUUUAUAAGUAUAUAUUUUUUAUUUAUAAAAAAUUAAUAUCAUGAAUCCAAAUUUAAAAUGUUUAUUUUUUAUUUAAAAAAAUAUUAAAAUAACAAAUGGAAAAAAAAUUAAAUAGUAAGCAUUUUGUCGUUAUAAAUUAAAUGAAAAAAAAAAAAAAAAAAACAAAAAA